GUGGUGAGAGGUGGCUCUGGGUCGGGCCCACGACUCGUCCAGGCACAUGCCCUGGGAGGGCCAGUGUCCGGCCGGCUGGCAGGUGGAAGAGCUCAGGGACUCACAUUUCCUGGCCUGGAAAAGGUCCCACCCCCCGCCCCUAUGACCAACAUGAGCUGGAGUUUCCUGACGCGACUGCUGGAGGAGAUCCACAACCACUCCACGUUCGUGGGCAAAGUGUGGCUCACGGUGCUGGUGGUCUUCCGCAUCGUGCUCACGGCCGUGGGCGGCGAGUCCAUCUACUCGGACGAGCAGACCAAGUUCACGUGCAACACGCGCCAGCCGGGCUGCGACAACGUGUGCUACGACGCGUUCGCGCCCCUGUCCCACGUGCGCUUCUGGGUCUUCCAGAUCGUCGUCAUCUCCACGCCCUCCGUCAUGUACCUGGGCUACGCCGUGCACCGCCUGGCCCGCGCCUCCGAGGAGGAACGCCGCCGCGCGCCCCGCCGCCGUCCGACCCGCGCGCCCCUGCCGCUGCCCCUGCCGCCCCACCCCGGCUGGCCCGACUCCGCCGGCCUGGGCGAGGAGGAGCCCAUGCUGGGGGGCCUGGGCGAGGAGGACGAGGAGUCGGGGGCGCCCGAAGGCCUGGGCGAGGAGGCCGAGGCCGAGGACGCGGGCGCGGCCAAGGGCGCAGGCGGAGACGCCAAGGCGGCGGGGUCCCCGGGUCCCGCCCGGCAACACGACGGGCGGCGGCGCAUCCAGCGCGAGGGCCUGAUGCGCGUGUAUGUGGCCCAGCUGGUGGCGCGGGCUGCCUUCGAGGUGGCCUUCCUGGUGGGCCAGUACCUGUUGUACGGCUUCGAGGUGCGGCCUUUCUUCCCGUGCAGCCGCCAGCCCUGCCCGCACGUGGUGGACUGCUUCGUGUCUCGGCCCACCGAGAAGACCAUCUUCCUGCUGGUCAUGUACGUGGUCAGCUGCCUCUGCCUGCUGCUCAACCUGUGUGAAGCCCCCUGA